AUGUCCACCCCAAUAAACAUCGGAAUAAUCGGCUGCGGAGAAGUAGCCCAAGUAGUUCACCUCCCAACCCUAGCCUUCCUACCAGAACUCUACAGAAUCACUUACCUCUGCGACAUCUCUCCAUCCGCGGUCUCCCAUGCAGCCUCAAAAAUCUCAUCCCAACAACCCAUCCACACAACACAGAAAGCGGCGGAGCUAUGCUCCUCCCCAUUAGUCGACGCAGUCUUCAUCUUGGGCCCAGAAGAAUUCCACGCCGAGCAUGCCCUUCUAGCACUGAUACAUGACAAACACGUUUUCGUUGAGAAACCGAUGACCCUGACGAAGAAAGAUGCACUGGCCAUCGCUGAGGGGGAGAAGCAUUCCAAAGGCAGGGUCAUGGUGGGGUACAUGCGGCGCUAUGCCGCCGUCGUUGAGGACGCCAUCGCGGAGAUCGGCGGACGAGAGAAUAUCAUAUACGCCAGGGUCCGGGAUAUAAUCGGACCGAACAGCACGUUCGUGGAACAGUCCGGAACGUUCCCUAGAAAGUUCUCCGAUCACGCGCCCGAGGAUGCGGGCGAAUUCGCGAGGCGGACGAAGGAUAUGAUUUCGGGGGAACUGACGGGGUAUGGGGUUCCGGUCACCCAGGAAAGCAUCGCGCAGUACAGGCGGGUAACCAAGUUAGGCUGCCACGACCUAUCUCUCAUGCGCGAGGUCCUCGGAAUGCCGGUUUGUGAGAACCCGACUCUCGGGGCAUCACUCCGUCUGACGGUUUGGAAUGUCCUCUUCAAUUACGGCCACUUUACUGCACUCUAUGAAUCUGGUUUCCACCAGAUUCCCAUAUUCGACGCGCAUAUCGAGGUAUACUCCGAGAACAAGUCCGUGCUUAUACAGUACGAUACCCCGUACGUGAAGGGCUUGCCUGUUACCAUGACUAUAAGGGAGAAUGUGGAUGGGAAGUUUGUGGAGAGGUUUGUCAGGAAUACAUAUGAGGAUCCGUACACGCUCGAGUUGAAGAACUUUUAUCAUGCAAUCAGGGAGGGGGGGAAGAUCAAGACGGAUGUGGGCGAUUCGUUGGAGGAAUUUGAGCUCUUUGAGAUGAUUAUGAAGAAUUGGAGGAGGUAG